AUCUCCGGGCUGAAUGUUUGUGAGUGUGUGUGCUGUCGCCGUCAUCCUGCAGGCUUUGGUGGACUUGUAAAGCAACAGCUUUCUCGUCAGAACGUCUUGAGAAGAGUUGUGCAGCGCAAGUCGAUAGCAUGUCCUCUUCCGUGUGUUACGUCGCCGUAUUUUCUAAGCUGCUGCUGCUGCUGUUUGUUCUUAUCGCAUCAGUGUUGAUCCAAUCAGUGGCGCCCAAUGUCUUUUUCCCCGUGGAAACGAGCAGGGAUUUAGUUCAGUACCGAUCGUUGAAAGAUAUUCUCUUCCGAUCACAAUCGGAAGACAACGACCAGCAGCAUUCCAUCCAAUCGCCGGUCGUGGCCAGUUUCCGGCCAGCCAAUCCCAGUCCGACUUUGGCUUCUUCGCCUCACAGCGGAGCAGUUGGCGUCUCUAAAAUUCGCUUCCUGGAUGCGGAUGAGUUUUUCGUCCCUAAUUUUUCGCCGGUUCCGCAUUCCGAAUUAAUUCCACCGGCGGCUCAAACUGAAGGGAGAAGAGCUAACUCACCUAAUUUGAAUCCCGAUCACACCACUGUCGUCAGACAGGCCAAAAGCCCAGAGAUUAAUCAAUCUGCCAUCGGUACUUCGGUCACUGGUAGUCCUGCUCAGGAUCGCUGGCCAUGGCCUUACUCGAAGCCCAUCAAACAGGCGGUGAAUAUUCAGAGUCGCCAGCAACAGUCUCCAUCUUUAAUUGUCAAGAAAUCGGUGGCCAAACCUUAUCGGCUGCUAACCAGAACUUCAUCUUGCCCUAAACUGCUGCACGACUUGACCAUUACCUGCUCUUGGCCAAAGCAGCAGCAACUUCAGCAACCAGUGGAGUUUCAAUGGUACAAAACGCAACACAGAAGUGUGGCCGAAACGCAAAACAAUUUGCUGGAAUCUACAAUUAAAACACCGAUCGCUUUUGGAACUCAAAUGAUCCACAAGGAUCCCCGUUAUGGAGUGUCCGUCGUUUCCGACUCGGCUUACCUGACCAUCCGCCAAUUGAAACCCCAAGAUUGUGGGUCGUACAUCUGUGAGGCGGUGGAUGUCCACAACACGACAGUCAUAUCUAAUACUGAAUUUCUCAUUUUCUUAUGCUACUAAAAGUUUGUUAUGCCCAGGUAUUUUUUUAGUUUUUCUCUAGCAGGUAUACCAAUUGUAGUAAAACUGGAUUUUACUAUGCAUGCUUGUAAUCGGAUUUAUAUACGCUUUUGUACUGUUUGUUUUUCUUUUUCUUUCCUUUCUGUAUCUCAGAUUAAACAGUCUCAAAAGGACGUCAAUUAUACAUUAAGAUAAUCAACCAAA